UACAAAAUUCCCCACGUUUUUAAAGAUUUGAGCAUCAAGCCACAAGACUGAAUCAUUCGAGUAAUUGAUUGAUUUGUGGUCAACUUCAAAUACAAUAUAAUUAAUGGGAACAUGACGCUUUUCUAAUUGUAACCAACAAUUUAAUUAACAUUUCGUGUUCCCCAUCACACUAACUGAUUUCUGGUGCACCACUCGUUAUCAGAGAUGAUAAUGGGUCUGCAAAAUUAAAAGUCAUCGUAACAACUUCGCCCAAAAUGAAACUCUUCAUCAUCAUAUUAUCAAUUUACCUCGUUUUCGACCACUCCGUGCAGUCCCAACUAAUCGCCACAAAAGUAGCCGCUCUCCUCCCCUCCAAACGGUACGACACCACCGCCCAUUACGACGAAUCGACUGAUUCGAUCUACAUCUUCGGCGGGUUGGGCCAAUCCGGCGCCCUGACCGACUUUCUUCAAUACUCCAUCACAUCCGAGACCGUAACUCGAGUCGGAUCCCUUCCCGCGGUCCGUUAUGGUGGCACAACGUCGUCCGAUGCAUCCUCCAAUAUUUACUACCACGGGGGGAUUAGUACCGCAGAAAUCUUUAAAUUCUCCCCUACCCUCCACACCGUGGAAAACGUGACAAUGAUGCCUUACCCAAACACUAACGCGGCGUCGGUACAAGUGUCUCACUCUACCCCAGACGUGCUAAUCCUUGGCGGUUAUUGGGCCCGGAGUGGAGUCGUUCGUUUCAACAUGGAAACCUUGGAAACACAAGUAUUACCGUCACUCCCAAUAAAUUACACGGUCAUCCUGGCCGUAAGUGAUGGAGCGGGGAGCGCAUACCUUUUUGGAAAUCCGUACGUCGAAGCGCCAAUUUCUGGGGAACAUUUCGUCACGAAGAUGAAUUCGUCGACGUUAGAAACGGUUCAAAUUGGGGGUCCUACAUUUCCAUCGGUUCGAAGUAAAGGGGCGGCCGUCUGGGAUGGGAGUGAUGUUUACGUGGUAGGAGGAUACGGCGGGUUGGUGGCGGGGAUUAGGAGCGAUUCUGUUUUGAAAUGGAGUCCAGCCACGAUGGAGCAUAGGGUGAUUCCGGUCCUGAAUUUUCCCUGGGCAUUCGACAAGCAAGAGUUUAAAGGGGCCAGUGCCGUCUAUGUGGAGAGAUUGAGGAGGAUUUACUUCUUUGGGGGAAUGUCGCAAAAUGCGAGUACUGGGAUUUUUAUGAGGCACGAUGGGAUUUGGUAUAUUCAAUUGUAGAUGGGAGUGGUUUUGGUUGAAAAGAAAGGAUUAAUAUGUUUUUGUAAAAAUUUAAGUAUUUCCCGGCUGGGUAACAAUUUUUGGCAUUAUUCAGGAUUUACGUAUUUGAUUUCUAAAAAAACUUAAGUAUUUGAUAAGAACGUUGAUGUAUUUAAGUAGUUAAUAAAAGAAAUAAAACGGUAAAUUUAUUAUUAUGGCAUGGAAUCAAA